AGAAGAGGAAGCAUCGCCCUGCAGCGUCACCGGUGUGGAGCACGGGUGGACCCAAAUGCAGGACACAAACACAUAUUGUAGUGUUGACAAGAAGAGAGUUUAUUAAUCGUUACUAGGAAAGCAGGGAAGCAAGGAUUGUUCAGAGGGAGAUCAAUGAGUGAGCAAAGCAGAAGCGGGAAUAAGCAUGGCUAGACUCAGGCUUGGACUUCGGACUAGGAACUCAGCACUCGGGAGCCAGACUUGGACUCGGAACUUGGGACCCUGGAACUUGGUCUUGGAACAUGGAACACAGAGCCAGGAUCCCUCCUUGAGUACAGGACAUAGGACCGGGACUCUUCUUAGACACAGGACGCUGAACACGAAGAGACAGUUGUCCACUCAGGGUAGCGGCAACGGCCGGACCUACCCGGUGGAGGAGAGGACCAAAACCACACAACGAGAGACAGUUCCUUAUCUUGCCACAAAAUGACUCCAAGUAGCGACAAGCUCACGACGCGGCCCAGGAACCACAGACAGCGGCUCUUGCCUCACUCCGGCGAGUUAACUUGACGGACUCGCUCCGGCGAGGUAGUUUAACAGCUCGCUCAGGCAGGGUAACUUAGCGAGCUGUCUCUGGCGAGGAGAGGCGACUUACUGGCACUCGCUUGGGGGAGAAGACAUAUCUUGCUCCGGCGAUGUAACUUGGCUCGCUCCGACAAGGUGACUAGCUCGCACUGGCUUUGGUGACGUCCGGUGGCGAUCUAGCACCGAGUAGCUGUAAGCCCGACACUAAAUACUGCUCGUUCAGCUGAGACUCGGGUGCCUUUAAUUACAGAGCCCAAGAAACACGGGGAAACAAUGAAUUAGAGAAAACAAGGAGUCAACGGUCCUGAUCGUGACACAAAAUAAAUUUAAAGGGACCCAGGGAAUAACCGAUCAGGAACGUAAGAAGCACAUCGUUGGACUGUGUUAGCCGUUGAUGCAAAACAAGGCAUUUCCAUGUACGUGUGACAAAAUAAAGCCUGCCUCUCUCACUUCUCUGAGGAUCGUCACUUUGUUGUGGUGGACAGGUGUAUGAGUUUCUGAGGUCAUGGGAGCAAUGUUGUUCAGAGCUUAGCUCCUGGUAGUGUCACCCAUGGUCAAGGGGGAGUUUCCAGACAAAGAGUGCUCCAACCAAGACCUCAUUAGUAGAGCUGACAGAAGACAAUAACAUAUCACUAUGGUGGUGAAGGUGGAGGAAGAAUGCAGCAGUGAAGGGUCCCCGGACAUCUUAAACACCAUGCCACUGGACCCUGACCCCGAUCAGCCAAGGACCGUGUGAUGGCAGCAUCCCUAUGUUAAACAAAGUGACUAAUAGACAUCCCCUUCGGAGAAUGUCACACUGAUAAACACAAAGUCUACAGAUGCUGGAAAUCCAAAGCAACACACACAAAAUUCUGGAGGAACUCAGCAGCUAUGUCAGGAAACCUGUGCGGGAGAGUUUUUAAAGUGGAAAAGCCAUUGCACUUGACUUCAGAAGGCCAAGUCUGGUGGUUGAAACAAGCAGUGGAUGACCAUGGUAUCUCCUGGGGCUUUUUAUGCCUUACACUCUGCACGGAGCCUUACAGAACUGCCCCCUUGCCCAUUGGAUAAGAGCUGACUUCACUCUCUGGGACAGGUAUGGUCCUGUCUCACUGGGGUAUGAGGUCCGCCAGCUACGCUCACCUGGUUUAACUGGCCUGUCAAAGCGGUGUACCAGGGUGUGGUCGCUGUCACAUGCAAACAGCUACGUGGAGCCGCAGCACAUUACAGGCCCUUCGGUCCACAAUGUUGUGCCGACCCUCAAACCCUGCCUCCCGUAUAACUCCCCCACCUUAAAUUCCUCCAUAUACCUGUCUAGUAGUCCCUUAAACUUCACUAGUGUAUCUGCCUCCACCACUGACUCAGGCAGUGCAUUCCACUCACCAACCACUCUCUGAGUAAAAAACCUUCCUCUAAUAUCCCCCUUGAACUUCCCACCCCUUACCUUAAAGCCAUGUCCUCUUGUAUUGAGUAGUGGUGCCCUGGGGAAGAGGCGCUGGCUAUCCACUCUAUCUAUUCCUCUUAUUAUCUUGUACUCCUCUAUCAUGUCUCCUCUCAUCCUCCUUCUCUCCAAAGAGUAAAGCCCUAGCUCCCUUAAUCUCUGAUCAUAAUGCAUACUCUCUAAACCAGGCAGCAUCCUGGUAAAUCUCCUCUGCUAAAGCAUAUUGGGCCCUGGGUCUUGUCUUAAAUAUAAAAAAGACCCAGGUCCUAUAUCAGCAACCACCCAACCUGCCAUUUAUCCAGCCCUCCAUAAAAGUUGACAAAAUCACCAUUGAAAAUGUAGACCACUUUCCCUACCCUGUCAGCAUUCUCUCCUCAAAGGCAGACAUCGACUCAGAGAUCAACCACCACCUGAGUUGUGCUACUGGAGCCUAGCAAGAUUAAGGAAAAGAUACUUAAGGACUGCAACAUAAAGGUCGAAACAAAACUUUUGGUCUAUAGACCAGUCGUCCUUCCUACAUUACUGUCUGGAGCAAAAUCAUGGACCACCUAGAGGAGACAACUGAAAGCCCUGGAACAACACCACCAGAAGCUCUUACUGAAGAUUUUGAGGAUCAGCUGGAAGGACAGAGGCACUAACACCAGCAUAAUGGAGAAGGCCAACAUGAACAGCAUCUCCACCAUGACAAAACAAUACAAUUUCCACUGGAUGAGUCAUGUCACCUGGAUGUCUAAGUCACAUCUCCUCAAACAGAUCCUUUACUCCCAGUGGAGGGAAGGUCAAUGAGCCCCUGGUGGGCAAGGAAACACUUCAAAGAUAACAUCAAAUUCAGCCUGAAGAAAUUCAACAUGACAUCUAAAAUCUGGGAAGACAUUACACCCGAUAGCUAUGCCUGGAGGAAAUCUGUUCAAGAGGGAGCUGCGCUACAUGAGAGUGAACUCUGUGUGCUGCAGAGAACAGGCAGCAGCUGCAAAAGGACAGACUGAACAACCGAAAGACCCGUCCACUAACCACAGUCACCACUUCCUCUUGCCCACAUGACACCAGAAUAUGUGGAUCCCAGCUCGACCUCGAAACCACCUGAAGACCCAGCAAUAGACAACCCUUUAGGAAAAUAUCAUACUCAACUCGAGUGACUCGGGGUGGCACCUUGGUAACCAUGAAAAAGUAGGCCUGAGGGGCCUUUUUCCUCUGUUUAACUUCAUUCCAGUUAUCCCUCACACCACAGUCCUGUGUAAUUCCAUUCCGAUCUUUCAUCACGUCUCCAUACCAUUUAGCUGGCAACCAUACAAUCUCUAGUAAAUAAAAUUGAUGAUCUCGCAGCUAGGGUGCUGCAGAGAGACAUUCGGAUGGUGUGUGUCCUCUGCUCCACGGAAUCCUGGUUAACCCCUUCUGUACUGGAUGCAGCAAUUCAGAUUGAUGGAUUCACUAUACACCUUCAAGAUAGGACAGUCGAGUCUCUCAAAAGCAGAGGUAGAGUUAUAUGCCUCAUGAUCAAUUCCUUGUGAUGUACUGAUGUGCCGGUGAUGUCCCAAUUCUGCUCACCAGACCGGGAAUAUCUUACAAUUAAGUGCCGUCCAUUUUACCUGCCAUGGGAGAUUUCAGUGAUCUUUUUGGUAGCGAUGUACAUUCCAAUUCAGGCUCAAACAGGCUCUAAAUGAGCCGAGCAAUGGGAUCAACGUGCACAAAGUAGCACACCCUGAUGCCUUCACCAUCACUUUGUGGGAUUUUAACCAGGCCAGUUUGAUGAAGUCACUAAGUAAUUACCAUCACUUGUAGUACCAGAGGAAACAACACUCUGGACCGUUGUUAAACCACCAUCAAGAAUGCCUUCUGUGCUAUUCCACACCCUCACUUCAGGAAGUCUGAUCACCUGGCUGUACUUCUACUCCCUGAGUAUAGGCAGAGACUGAAGACUGCAGGUUUGGACAAAGGAAGCACAGGAGUGCCUACAGGACUGCUUUGAAUCGGUGGACUGGCCUGUAUUCAGGGAUUCAUCUCCGAAUCUGGAUGAGGAUGCCACAGUUGUUACCGACUUCAUUUAAAACCUGUGUGGAUGAGUGUGUGCCUGUGAGAAUUUGCUGCACAUUCCCAAAUCAAGAGCUGUAGAUGAACCAGGAUGUUCAUUGUCUGCUGAUGGCUCGAUCUGUUAUGUCUGGUGACCCAGGCCUGGACAAGAAAACCAGGUAUGAACUGUGGAGGGCUAUUUCAAAAGCGAAGAAACAAUUCCAAACAUUGGUUGCAUGUCAGAUCUGGCAGAGUUUGCAGGAAGUGGUGCUUCACUGCCUCACGAACUCAAUGACUUUUAUGCUCACUUUGAAAGAGUGAAUAGAAUCGUAGCUGUGAAGGACCUUGGUGCGCCCGUUGACCCUGUGACCUCUAUCACGGAGGCCGGUGUUCGGCUGACUUUCAGAUGCAGUGAGGCUGAGAUGGCAUGCAAAAUGGCCACCGCUCCCUGGCAUACUCCUGGCUAAUGUUUAGCCCCUGGACAACAAGCUGUGUGAACUGAGAGCCAGAAUCUCCCAACAGCGGGAAACAAGGCAAUGUAACAUUUUGUGCUUCGUGGAGUCGUGGCUGAUGGAGGAGACACCGGACCAUGCUAUUGAACCCUCUGGUUUCUCCCUGCUCCGGGCAGACAGGUGGAGAAACCUCUCUGGGAAGAGUAAAGGAGAAGGGCAUGCUUCAUGAUCAACAAUGCUUGGUGCGACCCCCGGAAUGUGCAUGCUCUCCAAUCCUUCUGUUCCCCAGAUCUGGAGUACCUGGUGCUGCUGCGCAGACCCUACUGGCUGCCCAGUGAGCUCACGGCUGCUAUCGUCACAGUGGUGUACAUCCCUCCACAGGCUGAUACUGACCUGGCUCUCAAGGAACUGUACGAUUCCAUCAACACGCCAGAGACUGCACACCCACAGGCUGCCUUCAUCAUCGCCAGUGACUUUAAUCGAGCGUCGCUGACAAAAGUCUCUGCAAAGUUCUGUCAGCACGUCCAGGUGAGCACUCGUGGAGAUAACACACUUGACCACUGCUACACUCUCUUCCACAACGCUUACAAAGCUCUCCUUCGCCCAGCUUUUGGAAAAUCCGAUCACUCUUCAAUCCUGCUUUUGCCGACGUACAGGCAAAAGCUGAAACAAGAGGCAGCUGUAGUUAAAACCGUCCACUGUUGGUCCAACCAAUUGGUCUCCAUUCUGCAAUUAAAAGAUUGAGCUUUAUAAUUCUUAAUUUGACUAAGUGGUUAGUAAAGAAAACAAAAAGAAAAGUGCCCAUUUUGAUGAAACGGUCUAAUGUGCAGGUUGGAGCUCAUGAUUUUCCUGUCCAUUCAUUCUCCAUCGAUUUCUCCCGGGCAUCGUUGACUCCCGACUCCUGACUCCCGUUCUACGUCCACGCAGUCCUGCACUCUACAACAUCUCCGUUCUGGCAUCUUCUCUCUCCAUCUUCCACCUUCUCUCUCCAUCUUCCACUGAACAAAAGUACCUCGCUCUCGGGCAUACAAGAAAAAACACUCCCCUCAUUGGAUGCUGCACAUUCCAAAGCCCCCAUUAUCUCUAGUCAUAACCCAAACACUGCUGCUACAGAACAACCUGUACAUUAGCAGUGAAACCUUUCCCAGGGCGUUGCUCUUUUCCCUCCACCAAAUUUAGUCAUGUCCUCAUGACUUUGAGAUAAUUUGCCAACAGAAAGUCCAACCCAUGUGCAAAAGGCAGUGAUAUAGCUCCCCAAAGCGGUAGAGGCCACAUUCUGUUUCCCCAGUGUAACAUAGGCCAGCCUAUCUGGUGGUCUCCUGAUUCUGUGAGACCUUCGUACCCCCUCAUCUACCUCUUCAUGUUCCGACACUACUGGGGAUACUUCUGGUCUACCUGGCGAGGCGUCCUCCGGUCUAUCACUCGUGCCCACCUGCAACUUGGACCCCUUCGUCCCUUGGCUUGAGCCCCGCUUCAUCCCUUGUAGGGUCCUGCUGCAACUCAGGCUGUCCACAAAUAGACACCCCCCCCCACCCCCAAUUUCACCUGACUUAGCGGGAGAAGGAUUGGGAGUUUCUUCCUCAAUCAGUGGGGAUUUAGCAAAAGGAAGCAUAUACCACACAUUCAGGUCCUCAUCCUCCGGAUCAGUAUCCCUCUCAGGGGCGGGGCCCAGCCUAAUCUGCCUUGCUGUUGGUCCUAUAGUCGCCCUGCGUCACUGCAGAGUCCUCUUACGAGGUGUAGGCUCCAGGUUGGGCUCUGGGUCAACCUGCACCUCUUGUCCCAGGGGCAGCAGGUGGUUCUGAUGGAAAAUCUUAACAGGCCCAUUCCCCUCCUCUGGUUUCACCUGGAAUACUGGUAGGUUUGGCAUCUGACUCUCCACCACAUAGGGCGUAGAUCCCCAGCGGUCAGCCAACUUACGCAUCCCAGGUAGCCCCAAAUUCCUUGUGAGGACUUGGUCUCCCGGCAGAAGUUGGGAGAACCUCACUUUUGAUCAUACCUCCUCUUAUUCCCGAUUCUGCUUGGCAGCCCCUAUCCCAGCUUAUUCAUAAGCCCUUUUCAGCUCUCUCCUCAUGUCAGACACAUACUUCAGAUACUGUACAUCACCCUCGUCAGUUCCAAACAAAGGUCAAUGGGCAACCUCGCCACGUGUCCAAAAAUCAGAUACUAUUGUGAGUACCCGAUAGCUUCAUUUUGUGUACAGUUGUAACUGUAAACAGAUGUUCAAUAUGUUGACUCCACCUGCUCUUCUCAGGGUCCCGAGCAUGUCUAGCAAGUUCUGAUUAAACCUCUCGGGCUGGAGAUCACCCUACGGAUGAUAGGGCGUGGUCCUCGACUUUAACUAAUUUGCAAGGGGGAUGGGACCUGGAGCGAUAGAGCAGUGAAAGAAGUGCAUGGAGUAAAGCCAGAUCUAACAUACAGAGAGCUUUGAGGAAAGAGAAGCAGAAUAAACGGUGUAAAGACAGUAAGGUAGAAGGGCUGAAAUGUGUGUACCUCAAUGCAAGAAGCAUCAGGAACAAAGGUGAUGAACUGAGAGCUUGGAUACAUACAUGGAAUUAUGAUGUAGUGGCCAUUACAGAGACUUGGCUGGCACCAAGACAGGAAUGGAUUCUCAAUAUUCAUGGAUUUCAGUGCUUUAAAAGUGAUAGAGAGGGGGAAAAGGGGAGGAGGGGUGGCAUUACUGGUCAGGGAUACUAUUACAGCUACAGAAAGGGUGGGUAAUGUAGCAGGAUCCUCUUUUGAGUCAGUAUGGGUGGAAGUCAGGAACAGGAAGGGAGCAGUUACUCUACUGGGGGGAUUCUAUAGGCCCCCUGGUAGCAGCAGAGAUACCGAGGAGCAGAUUGGGAGGCAGAUUUUGGAAAGGUGCAAAAAUAACAGGGUUGUUAUCAUGGGUGACUUUAACUUCCCUAAUAUUGAUUGGCACCUGAUUAGUUCCAAGGGUUUGGAUGGGGCAGAGUUUGUUAAGUGUGUCCAGGAUGGAUUCCUGUCACAGUAUGUGGACAGGCCGACUAGGGGGAAUGCCAUACUAGAUCUAGUACUAGGUAAUAAACCGGGUCAGGUCACAGAUCCCUCAGUGAGUGAGCAUCUGGGGGACAGUGAUCACCGCUGCCUGGCCUUUAUAAUCAUCAUGGAAAAGGAUAGAAUCAGAGAGGACAGGAAAAUUUUUAGUUGUGGAAGAGCAAAUUAUGAGGCUAUAAGGCUAGAACUUGCGGGUGUGAACUGGGAUGAUGUUUUUGCAGGGAAAUGUACUAUGGACAUGUGGUCGAUGUUUAGAGAUCUCUUGCAGGAUGUUAGGGAUAAAUUUGUCCCAGUGAGGAAGAUAAGGAAUGGUAAGGUGAAGGAACCAUGGGUGACAAGUGAGGUGAAAAAUCUAGUCAGGUGGAAGAAGGCAGCAUACAUGAGGAUUAGGAAGCAAGGAUCAGAUGGGUCUAUUGAGGAAUAUAGGGUAGCAAGAAAGGAGCUUAAGAAGAGGCUGAGAAGAGCAAGAAGGGAGCUUGAGAAGGCCUUGGCAAGUAGGGUAAAGGAAAACCCCAAGGCAUUCUUCAAUUAUGUGAAGAACUGAAAGGAUGACAGGAGUGAAGGUAGGACCAAUUAGAGAUAAAGGUGGGAAGAUGUGCCUGGAGGCUGUGGAAGUGAGUGAGGUCCUCAAUGAAUACUUCUCUUCGGUAUUCACCAAUGAGAGGGAACUUGAUGAUGGUGAGGACAAUAUGAGUGAGGAUGAUGUUCUGGAACAUGUUGAUAUUAAGGCAGAGGAGGUAUUGGAGUUGUUAAAAUACAUUAGGACGGAUAAGUCCCCGGGGCCUGAUGGAAUAUUCCCCAGGCUGCUCCAUGAGGCGAGGGAAGAGAUUGCUGAGCCUCUGGCUAGGAUCUUUGUCUUCAUUGUCUAAAGGAAUGGUACCGGAGGAUUGGAGGGAGGCGAAUGUUGUCCCCUUGUUCAAAAAAGGUAGUAGGGAUAGUCCGGGUAAUUAUAGACCAGUGAGCCUUACGUCUGUGGUGGGAAAGCUGUUGGAAAAGAUUCUUAGAGAUAGGAUCUAUGGGCAUUUAGAGAAUCAUGGUCUGAUCAGGGACAGUCAGCAUGGCUUUGUGAAGGGCAGAUCAUGUCUAACAAGCUUGAUAGAGUUCAUUGAGGAGGUGACCAGGCAUAUAGAUGAGGGUAGUGCAGUGGAUGUGAUCUAUAUGGAUUUUAGUAAAGCAUUUGACAAGGUUCCACAUGGUAGGCUUUUUCACAAAGUCCGAAGGCAUGGGAUCCAGGGAAGUUUGGCCAGGUGGAUUCAGAAUUGGCUUGCCUGCAGAAGGCAGAGGCUGGUGGUGGACGGAGUACAUUCAGAUUGGAGGAUUGUGAUUAGUGGUGUCCCACAAGGAUCUGUUCUGGGACCUCUACUUUUCGUGAUUUUUAUUAACGACCUGGAUAUGGAGGUAGAAGGGUAGGUUGGCAAGUUUGCAGACGACACAAAGGUUGGUGGUGUUGUAGAUAGUGUAGAGGAUUGUCAAAGAUUGCAGAGAGACAUUGAUAGGAUGCAGAAGUGGGCUGAGAAGUGGCAGAUGAAGUUUAACCUGGAGAAGUGUGAGGUGGUACACUUUGGAGGGACAAACUCCAAGGCAGAGUACAAAGUAAAUGGCAGGAUACUUGGUAGUGUGGAGGAACAGAGGGAUCUGGGGAUACAUGUCCACAGAUCCCUGAAAGUUACCUCACAGGUGGAUAGGGUAGUUAAGAAAGCUUAUGGGAUGUUAGCUUUCCUAAUUCAAGGGAUAGAGUUUAAGAGUCGCGAUGUAAUGAUGCAGCCCUAUAAAACUCUGGUUAGGCCACACUUGGAGUAUUGUGUCCAGUUCUGGUCGUCUCACCAUAGGAAGGAUGUGGAAACAUUGGAAAGAGUACAGAGGAGAUUUACCAGGAUGCUGCCUGGUUUAGAGAGUAUGCAUUAUGAUCAGAGAUUAAGGGAGCUAGGGCUUUACUCUCUGGAGAGAAGGAGGAUGAGAGGAGAAAUGAUAGUGGUAUACAAGAUAUUAAAAGGAAUAGAUAGCGCCUCUUCCCCAGGGCACCACUGCUCAAUACAAGAGGACAUGGCUUUAAGUUAAGGGGUGGGAAGUUCAAGGGGGAUAUUAGAGGAAGGUUUUUUACUCAGAGAGUGGUUGGUGCGUGGAAUGCACUGCCUGAGUCAGUGGUGGAGGCAGAUACACUAGUGAAGUUUAACAGACUACUGGACAGGUAUAUGGAGGAAUUUAAGAUGGGGGGUUAUAUGGGAGGCAGGGUUUGAGAGUCAGCACAACAAUGUGGGCCAAAGGGCCUUACUGUGCUGUACUAUUCUGUUCUGUAUUCUAUGUUCUGUGUUCUAUGUUCUCAACCCCAAGCAUGCUCGGUAACUCAUAGAUGAGUCUGCUCUUGAAGUCCUAUCCCUGGUCACUAUGUAUCUGCCUGGGAAGGUCAUAAUAAAUGAAAUACUUCCCUCAUAACAACUUUGCCACUGUAGAUGCCCUCUGGUCCUUGGUAGGAAAAGCCUGAGCGUAUCUGGUGUAGUGGUCCGUGAUGACUAAGACAUUCGCCAUGUUGCUGGCAUUGGGUUCUAUGGACAGGAAAUCCAUACACACCAGGUCCAGGGGCCCUGCACUCUGCAGGUGGGACAAGGGAGCUGCCCACGUAGGCAGUGUCUUCCGCCGUAUGCAGCGAAUGCACGACUUGCAGUAUUCUUCGAUCUCUGACUUCGUCCGGGGCCAGUAAAACCGGUCUCUGAGGAAUCCAUAGGCCUUUUCCACCCCCAAAUGCCCAGAAUCAUCAUGAAGUGACUUCAACACCAUCCUCCGAUACUACUUGGGCAGAACCAGCUGGCAACGCCGGUGUCGUCCAGGGGUAACAUGACCCGGUAUAGGAACUGGUUCUUCAACUCCAACUGAAGAGAUUCACUCAGUAAUGGAGGGACUGACGCAUGUUUCAUCUUCUCGGCCUGAGCCGUGUCUCCCUUUUCAACCACGGACCAAAUAAUGCCGAUGCCCAGGUCAUCUCGCUGAGCAGCUGCCACUUCCCCAGAACUCAAUUCAGGCAACUGACUUGUCUUCAGAGCAGUCAGGUUGCAGUAAACUUGGGGAAUGGUGUCAUCAGAGGCUCCCAAUUGAUCUACCGCUCGAUCCAGCCUCUGCUUUCCGUCUGCUGUUAUGACAGCACUAGUCUGCAGUAGAACGAAGUCUGUGCCCACCACUUUAUCAAACCUCCAUCCCACAAUCGUAACUUUGCCGAUAACUUAACAAUACUUGCAGGCGAAUCAACAAUUCACCCGGAGUACGAAUAUCUGCCCCAAUCAACAGGCACACAUUAGUCACCGGUAACCCUGUGGAUGAAAACCACUGCUCCACCCUGGCAGAAUCCACUCCAGCACAGACUUAAACACACAACCCACUGGGUCAGUGCUCAGGGCAAUCACACAUCCAACAAAAUCAAUCCCAGAACGACACCCCCACAAUUUGUAACCUCCAGGUUGGGCUGGCGGCAUUACUCUAGGGAAAGAUACUCUCUGGCCUGCCAAGCUUCUGAAAUCUUGUUUGUGUGGAUGCUGUGUGAUGAGUUACCCUGUUACAAAUCAGUACCCCGAAAUAACAAACAGUACACCACAUGCAAUUAAACAAUUUAUCUUUAUAAUUCUUAAUUUGACUAGAAGGUUAGUAAAGAAAAAAAGAAAAGGGCCCAUUUUAAUGAAACAGUCUAAUAUGCACGUUGGAACUGAUGAUUUUCCCGUCCAUUCAUUUUCCAUUGAUUUCUCCCAGGUGUCGUUGACUCCCGACCCCAUUCCAUGUCCACGCAGUCCUGCACUCUACAAGCUCUCAGUUCUGGCAUCUUCUCUCCCCAUCUUCCACCGAACAAAAGAGCGCGAGUACCUCGCUCUCGGGCAUACAAUAAAGGAAAACAAUCCCCUCAUUGGACGCUGCACAUUCCAAAGCUCCCGUUAUCUCUUGUCAUAACCCAAACACUGCUGCUACAGAGAAACCAUUUCAUUAGCAAUGAAACCUUCAACAGGGCGUUACAUAUGUGAAGGAUGUAAGAUAUAAAGUCAAUUCAAUUCAGUCUGGCCUGUUGAGUUAUUCCGGCAUUUUGUGUGUGUUACUUGGAUUUCCAGCAUCUGAGAUUUUCUCUUGUUUGUAUAUAUAGAUCGGGUGCCUAGUUGUGCUGUAGUAAUUUUAUGUAUUGCACUGUAGUACAUAAAAAACUAAAUUUCAUGACAUUUGUCAGUUUUGAUAAAUCUGAUAUUUGUCAGUUUUGAUAAAUCUGAUAUGAGUCUCUAUUGUGGAUUGAGAGUAGGCGGGGGCAGGAAGAUGGGAAUCAUGGUUGGGAAGAGGGGAAGAUGCAGGAAGCACCAGAGAGACAUUGGCCUUGCCUGGUGUCUCAACCUGGCUGAGUUCAACCUGGCUUGGCUGGUUGUGUCUGCACCGGUGCCACCCUGUGCUCCUUGGCACUCCUCCUCUGCUACCUGUCCCACACCCCCCACCAUUCCCAACAUCUAUUGCUCCUGUCAGGUUUACAAACCCGGCCGCCCCUCAGUCUUGGGCACCCUAGAUGUAUACAUGUGCCUCAGACAUUUACACACUACUGUCGCUAUGUAGAGAUGCACUGCAAGGGCAGUAGCCCAGGUGUGACCCCUGUUUUCUGAGGAAGCUGAGAUCCUUUGAUGUGUGCAGCAGGAUGUUGGAGAUCUUUUACCCAUCUAUUGUAGUAAGCGCAGUCUUCUUUGCAUCUUUAUGUUGGGGGAGCAGCAUCGGUGCUGGUGAUGCAAAAAGAUUAAAUAAACUCAUCAAAAAGGCUGGAUCUGUUCUUGGCUACAACCCGGACUCUUUUGAGUUAGUGGUGGAGAGGAGCUCACUACACAAACUGUUAUCCAUAUGGACAAUCUGGCACAUCUUCUCCAUGACCUACUGAAUAAGCAGUGGAGCACACUUUCGUACAGACUCAAUCAACUCUGCUGUCACAAGGAUCGUUGGAUUAGAUUAGAUUAUGAGGACACGCAGUCCUCUUCUAUUGUCAUUUAGUAAUGCAUGCAUUAAGAAAUGAUACAAUGAUCCUCCAGUGUGAUAGCACAGGAACACAAGACAAACCAAGACUGAAAAACUGACAAAAAACACAUAAUUGUAACAUAUAGUUACAACAGUGCAAAGCAAUAUCGUAAUUUGAUAAGAACAGACCAUGGGCACGGUAAAAAAAGUCUCAAAGUCUCUCGGAAGCCCCAUCAUCUCACGCAGACGGUAGAAGGAAGAAAAACUCUCCCUGCCAUGAGCUUCCAGCACCACAAACUUGCCGAUGCAGCACCCUGGAAGCACCUGACCACAGCCAACUCUGUCCGUUCAAAAACUUUGAGCCUCCGACCAGCCCUCCGACACCAAGUGCCAUCUCUGCUGAGCGCUUCGACCCCGGCCCCGGCAACAGGCAAUAGGCAAAGCUGAGGAUCUGGGGCCUUCCCCUCCGGAGAUUCUCGAUCGCACAGUAGCAGCGGCAGCGAAGCGGGCAUUUCAGAAGUUACUCCAGAUGUUCCUCCGAGCUUCUCCCGGCUGUCUCCAUCAAAUCAGGGUUGUGCAUGGUCCCCUUCUUACAAAUACGAUAUCAUUUCAGAGCAGCCGUGUACGCUGUGUCACGCCGCCAUCUUCUCCUCCCCUCCUAUAAGAUCUUAUAGGAAAUCUUUCCAACCAAAUGCAAUAAACAUAUACAACAGCUCAUCUCUGUGCGACAGAACACACAUCAUAGUACAAUGGACUCUGUUUUAUUAUUAUUGCACAUUGUUAUUAUACAUUGGUGAGUUAUUAUUGUGUGUAUUAUUAUUAUGUACCUCAUUUUUUGUUAAGUCUGCACACUGCUAAGAGUGUUUCUAAAUGUUGCUGCUGUAACAAAGGGAUUUCCGCUCAGGAUCAAUGAAGUAUUUAUUAUUGUUAUUAUUAUUUUUACUCUUAUUACCCGUGACAACAAGGUAUCUCUGCUUUGUACUCUAAUCCUCUUGCUGUGAAGCCCAGCGUACCAAACACACAGGGCAGGUAGAUGGAAUAAGGAUGUGGUAUCAGCGACCAGGGUUCAAUUCUCUCCGCUGCCUGUAAAGCGUUUGCACGUUUUCCCCGUGACUGCGUGGGAUUCAUCUGGGUGCUCCCAUUUCCUCCCACCUUCCGAAGACAUAUGGGUUCAGGUAGGUGAUUUGUGGGGGUGCCAUGUUGGUGCUGGAAGCACGGUGACAGUUGUGGGCUGCCCCCAGCACAUCCCCGGACACAAACAACACUAUUCACCAUAUGUUUCAAUGUACAUGUGACUAAUAAAGCUAAUCAUUAAAAAAGAGGUGGAUCCAGCUACUGGGGGCAUGAUGGAGAGGGGGCAGAGCACAGGGCCGGAGGUGACAAAGGGCUGCCGAUGACGGGAUCUGAUAGGAGGGGAAGUGGAGCAUUGAGACAAGUGAGGGAGGUGAGGAGGGCAAACGGUGCGAGGUAGCUGUGUGGGUCAACUGAACUUUCUUUAUUUCUCAUAUCCUUCACAUACAUGAGGAGUAAAAAUCUUUACGUUAUGUCUCCAUCUAAAUAUGCAAUAUGCAGUUUAUAGUAAUUUGUACAACAGGACAGUCAAUGUAGCAUAGAAAUACAAUUGUAUCAGUGUGAGUUAAUCAGUCUGAUAGCCUGGUGGAGGAAGCUGUCCCGGAGCCUGUUGGUCCUGGCUUUUAUGCUGUGGUACCGUUUCCCAGAUGGUAGCAGCUGGAAUAGAUUGUUAUUGGGGUGAGUCCCAGUGAACCUCGGGCCCUUUUUACGCACCUGUCUCUGUAAAUGUAAAUGUCCUGAAUAGUGGAAAGUUCACAUCCACAGAUGCGCUGGGCUGUCUGCACCACUCUCUGCAGAGUCCUGAGACUAAGGGAGGUACAGUUCCCGUACCAGGCAGUGAUGCAGCCAGUCAGGAUGCUCUCAAUCGUGCCCCUGUAGAAAGUUCUUAGAAUUUGGGGGUGCCAAACUAAACUUCUUCAAACGUCUGAGGUGAAAGAGGUGCUGUUUGCCUUUUUCAUCACACAGCUGGUGUGUACAGACCAUGUGAGAUCCUUGGUGAUAUGGAUGCCAAGGAACUUAAAGCUGUUCACUCUCUCAACCCCCGAACCAUUGACGACAAUAGGGGUUAGCCCGUCUCCAUUCUUCCUGUAAUCCACAACCAGCUCCAUUGUUUUUGGAACACUGAGGGAGAGGUGCUUUUCUUGACACCACUGUGUCAGGGCGAUGACCUCUUCUCUGCAGACUGCCUCGUUAUUGUUUGAUUUAAAGCCAAUCAAUGUAGUAUUGAUGACAAAUUUGAUUUAGCAGAUUGGAGCUGUGGCUGGUGACAGAGCCGUGGGUAUACAGAGAGUAAGGGAGGCGCUUACGACACAGCCCUGAGGGGCUCCUGUGUGGAGGGUCAGAGGGGCAGAGGUGAGGGAGUUCACACUCAGCAUCUGCCAGAGAUCUGACAGGAUCUGACAAGGUGGUGGGCAGAUGAGGUGAAGGAGAAAGAUGGGGUGAUGGGAGUCAGUGGAAUCAGGAAAAGAGAGAGAAAAGGAAAAGAAAAGGAGCGGCGGGAAUAAAGAAGCAGCAACUAUCUGUGUUGUUGGGAACUUUGUAGAAUUCGACCUUCAGAUGUUUAUCAUCGAUCGCCAUCUCCUGGAGGUUUCAGAAACUGCACCUUCACGCAGACUGGAACUCUCUCCCGCACGCUGGUCGGUGCUGGCUGGCGAGAUACAGUGCAAAACUUGCCUGACAUAUUGUUUAUACAGAUUAAAUGAUUACAUAGUGCCUUGUGGAGAAGAAGGGGUAAAAAAGACAACGAUGACAUCGAGCCAAACAAGCGAUGCUCUCUCCUGGCUGCUCUCAUGCGGAAGGAGUCUCCAGUCAAAAAUUAGUGGAGUUAGAAGAUUUGGAAGCUUUUAAAAGGCACAAGAAGGCAACUAAAAAGCCAUAAAGUGGGAAAAGAUGAAAUAUGAAGGAUAAACUAGCCAACAAUAUCAUAGAGGAUACCAAAAGUUUUUUUUCAGAUAUAUAAACAGCAGUAAAAGAGAGACAAGAGUGGAUAUUAGAUAGCCGGAAAAUGACCACAAAACCACAAGACCAUAAGAUAUAGGAGCAGAAUUAGGCCAUUUGGCCCAUCGAGCCUGCUCCACCAUUUCAUCAUGGCUGAUCCAAUUUUCCUCUCAGCCCCAAUCUCCUGCCUUCUCCCUGUAUCCCUUCAUGCCCUGACCAUUCAAGAAUCUAUCAACCUCUGACUUAAAUAUACAUAAAGACUUGGCCUCCACAGCUGCCUGUGGCAAAGAAUUCCACAGAUUCACCACUCUCUGGCUAAAGAAAGUCCUCCUUAUCUCCAUUCUAAAAGUAUGCUCUUCCAUUCUGAGGCUGUCUCCUCCGGUCUCAGAGUCGCCCACCAUAGGAAACCUCUUCUCCACGUCCACUCUAUCAAGGCCUUUCACCAUUCGAUAGGGUUCAAUGAG